UAUAACGACGGUUGAUAAAGCAAACAUGUAGAUAUUAUUUAAUGAAAUAUUUACAAUAUGGCGGCGCUAAGUGGGACACUAGACAAAUAUCAAGCGGCAAUGGUUCUCAGUGCUGUCGGUGAUUCUCUUGGAUACAAAAAUGGUGAUUGGGAAUUUUGCAAGUCAGGAUCUAGGAUACACAAAGAAGUUAGAAGAAUCGGUGGCAUCGAAAGCAUUCACGUUACUCUGCCAUACUGGCCUGCUAGUGAUGAUACGGUUCUUCAUAUUGCAACUGCCAAGGCUCUUGUUGCACAAAAACGAGAUACCAAUAAGGAAGUAUUAUAUUCAAAGCUUGCAGAACAGUACAAAGUUAGCAUGCAGGACAUGGGGGAAAGGGCAGUUGGACCGACAACUGAGAGCGCAUGUCACUUGCUAGAUCCAUGGAGACCAGGUGGAUAUAAGCUGCCGUUUAAUCAUAAAGGAGGCGGGGCAGGGGCAGCAAUGCGUUCAAUGUGCAUUGGACUUAGAUAUCCAAAACCAGAACAGCUAGAUGAUCUGAUUGAAGUGAGCAUAGAAUCAGGACGAAUGACUCAUCACCACCCAACAGGUUAUCUGGGAUCCCUUGCUUCAGCUUUAUUUACAUCUUAUGCCAUACAAAGGAAACACAUUCAUGCGUGGGGUUAUGGCUUGAUGCAGACUCUGCCCCGUGCGCAAGAGUAUAUAAAAUCUCGGAAUGAAUAUGUUCGAGAUAAUAUGCGAGAAUGGAACUACUUUAAAACAGCAUGGGCACGCUAUUUAAAUCUACGACGCAUUGAAGAUGGCAUAAGUGGUGCUCGCUUUCCACAAGAGUACGGUGUUGAAACAAGGGACGAUUUCUACCAUUCUUUGAGCUUCAAUGGCUGGGCGGGGAGUAGUGGACAUGAUGCGCCAAUGAUAGCUUAUGACGCAAUUUUAAGAUGUGGUCCUGAUUGGCGACAACUCUGCAACACAGCGAUAUUUCAUGGUGGUGAUAGUGAUACUACCGGUGCGAUCGCGGGAUGCUGGUAUGGAGCGUUGUAUGGGUUUGAUAGCGUACCCAGUAACAAUUAUAAAGAUGUUGAAUUCAACAGAAUCCUGAUGGACCUUGGGAAAUCUUUGCAAACAUUGAGCAAACUUUAGACCACUGUACUGUAUUAAUAUUAAGUUGUAAACAAACCUUACAUGUAUUAUGUAUUGCAUUUCAGCCUAAAUGUUAUAUUAUAGGGAACUUCACUUUGUGUGCAGUCACUCAUGCGAUUACCAUUUCCUUUGUCAUUUCUAAGUUUAGUUAAGUCCCGGCCGGAUAUAUUUCCCAAUGACUAAAUAAUACCGACCCCCUUUUCCUAGCUAUAUAUUUAUAUAAUGUGCUGCAUUCACAUAUAUAUUUUUCAAACUUUCUUGGUUUGAAAGUACUACGGCAUUUAGGACACGACAUUUACAUAUAUUUCUGUACUUAUUUAUACUUAUGAUUUUCUUGCCUUUAUGGUCAUAUUUUCGGCCAAGUUGUUCUAGUAUUUCGUUGUUAAUUAAAUGAUGUCAAACGUUUAAUCGUGUUUAUGUUUGGAGUCAAAAAUAAUGUAUUUCCAUUCUGAGAAUUGAGUGUUGACUCCGUCUGGUAGCACUGAUUAUUUUUUUUUCAAAUAAUAAUGGAAACAUGUUAUAAACGCAUAAAAUUCAUCCUGUACUUCUUUCACACAAUCUCAAUUAAUCUCCUGGUCCUACAAAGUUAAAGUGACACUCUUUAUCAAAAACAAUACAUACACAUGUAUAACAAACACAAGUUUUGAGUCAUAAACCUUUAACUACUUACAAAAUAGUGCAUUUAUGGAACAUUUUAAUUAAUGAUAACAAGAUUUUAACCGUGUAUUUAAUAACAGAAAGGGCAGAAAUAUUAAAUGAUUGGUGAAGGCUAAAAUAUUUACUGUGGACUACUAUAGUCCCAUAAGGUAGAAAUACCGUGUUUAUUGCUCAUUUCUUUCAAAUUAAACUCUGUAUCUUUCAUAAGAUCCUUUGUUUACGACAUUUAUCUAUCCUUUUUGAAAUAUUAAAACAAUAUUAUUAAUGUUGCUAAGUCUCUUUUGGAAGUAAGAGUGCAUCUUUAAAUUAAACUCAAGCUGGUAUUUUUUUAUGUUUACAACACAUUAAAGUUAUGGCGUAACCCCCAUAGUAAAGUCAACCAGAAUCAAUUGAGUGUGAUGAUGCAAUGCAAUCACAUGACCAUGAUGACGUCGAUGGAUUCUAUUUAUAGCAUCGGAUUCACAUUGUUCAUUUAGUUGAAUCCAAUUGCAGUAAGGCUGUAAAUACCUUUUGAUAAGUAAAAACAAUUUAUUUAUUCCAAAGUUGUUAUUAGUUAUUUAUUAAUUAUUCGAAAUAGAAAAAAUAACAGCAAAAUAAACAUUAGGUCACAUGGGUAUUUUCUGAAAAUCUUGGUGUCACGUGAUUAAAUUUGAACACAACUAUGACCUAGAUAAGGAAUGCUUGUAAUAUGAUUUAUUAAAAUGCUAAAUCA